UUGGCAUAUGCAUAGGAAUAGGCCUUACCUUCGAGUUCUUCUCCUCUAUGAACAAACUCUUAACUUUCAGUUGUUAAACAACAUUCAAGGUGAUUCUCGGAAGUGGGUAUUCAAAUAAGAUAUGAACAAGGUGAUUCAAGUUUAACCAGUCAAACCCUAGAAAGCAAAAGAGAAGAUUUGAUCAAAAUCUUCAGUAAAAAAACCAUGUCAAAGGAACAAAUUUCAGAGCUUGAGGCUCGCAUCGAUCAGCUUGAGGACAUGUCUAAGUUGGCUCGUGAGCAAGCUCAGUUCAAUGGUUUCAAGCUUCCGUUUAAUCCUUCUUUUCCUCAGGAGACUUUGGAGGAAACCGAUAAAAAGCGUGUUGAGACAUUGAUCAAAUAUUACGAUGAGGUUAUUGGCAUGGAUCCUGAAAAUGUGAAUCAUUAUGCAGGUCGUGCAGCAGCUCAUAUGGAUCUUAGAAACUGGAAUGCAGCGAAAACCGACUUGGGCAGGGUGGUGGAGUUGAGACCUGAUAUACGAAAUGUUUACACCAAUUUUUAUUUUGGAAUUAUAGAUUUCUAUCUUGGAAACUCUUCUUCUGCUAUUAAGUUUCUCGAUAGCGCCGUUCGCCAAUCUGAGCAUCAGCAGGUGGUCCCCAAUGGUUGGCAAGGGUUCUCCGAUGAGGAAAUGGUUGAACUUAAAGCACUAAUCUGGAAUAAUUCCGAGAAGAAACGAAGAUCUGAAAGCAUACGAAAGUUGAGGUAUUUAUGGAUGUUUUGCUUUCAUCUUACUAUGAUAAAGAAAAGGGGUCUUUUUGGUGGUCAUGUGCACCUGAUAAGUCCAAAAUACCCCUACAUAUUUUACAUAUCGCUCAUCUCCUCCUGUCCGGGUAAUUUCGAUGAAACUUUAACAGGGUAAUUUGCGUUACCUCCCCUGGCGAAGAUCAUAUUUUGAGUUACCUCCCCUACAGAACAAAUAUUAGUAAAACCUCCUCUCGUCACUUUUUUCAUCCAAACCCGGUUAGUUGAGUCAGCUGCUU